CUCUUUCUAUAAGAGCUUUGUGCCCGUUUUCUCUCUCUACAAAAUCGAUCUCUUCUUCUGCAACUUGUCUGAGACUUGCUUGCUUUGAAGCUUCUGAGCACCAACCCAUCCAUGGCGACCUCUGUUGCCUCAAUGAGAGCCAUUAACAUAGCACAGCUGAGCUUGCAGGGCUCUGGUUCAGGCCCUUCCGUUCCAAGCUCUGGUUUCUUAGGAAGCGGCUUGAAGAAGAUCAACAACUCUGGUUCGAUCCACUCGAGGCAACAAACAGGGAGCUUCAAAGUAGUUGCGGAGCUUGAUGAGGAGAAGCAAACCAAGAAGGAUAAGUGGAAGGGUUUGGCCUAUGACAUCUCUGAUGAUCAGCAAGAUAUUACAAGAGGAAAGGGAAUGGUGGACACUCUCUUUCAAGCUCCACAAGGGGCUGGUACCCACGAUGCUAUCAUGAGCUCUUACGAAUACAUCAGUACCGGUCUUCGCAUGUAUGAUAACAUCAUGGAUGGAUUCUAUAUUGCUCCAGCUUUCAUGGACAAGCUGGUUGUUCACCUCGCCAAGAACUUCAUGCCCCUGCCAAACAUUAAGGUUCCCCUGAUUUUGGGUGUCUGGGGAGGCAAAGGUCAGGGAAAAUCAUUCCAAUGUGAGCUUGUCUUCGCCAAGAUGGGCAUCAGCCCCAUUAUGAUGAGUGCUGGAGAAUUGGAAAGUGGCAACGCAGGAGAGCCCGCAAAGCUCAUUAGGCAAAGGUACAGGGAGGCUUCAGACAUUAUCAGGAAGGGAAAAAUGUGCUGCCUCUUCAUCAAUGAUCUCGAUGCAGGAGCUGGAAGGCUCGGUGGAACCACCCAAUACACAGUUAACAACCAAAUGGUUAAUGCUACUCUCAUGAACAUAGCUGAUAACCCAACAAGUGUUCAAUUACCUGGAAUGUAUAACAAGGAAGAUAAUGCUCGGGUCCCCAUUAUAGUAACGGGUAACGAUUUCUCAACACUGUAUGCCCCGCUUAUCCGUGAUGGUCGUAUGGAGAAGUUCUACUGGGCUCCAACAAGAGAGGAUCGUAUUGGAGUUUGCGUCGGUAUUUUCAAAGCUGACGAGGUGCCAAAGGAGGACAUCAUCAAACUCGUCGACACCUUCCCCGGCCAGUCUAUAGACUUCUUCGGUGCACUCAGGGCAAGAGUUUAUGAUGAUGAGGUAAGGAACUGGGUCACUAGUGUUGGAGUCGAGAGCAUCGGCAAGAGGCUUGUGAACUCAAAGGAGGCCCCCCCAACAUUUGAGAAGCCCAGGAUGACUGUUGAGAAGCUCUUGGAGUAUGGGCACAUGCUGGUCCAAGAGCAAGAAAAUGUGAAGAGGGUCCAAUUGGCUGACAAAUACCUUUCUGAGGCUGCUCUUGGAGAUGCAAAUGAAGAUGCAAUUAAGAGAGGAACUUUCUAUGGUUAGCACUCCUAUUCCUAGAGGGCCUUUAUGGGAGGGAAAGCAGCUCAACAAGUGAACAUUCCCGUACCAGAGGGUUGCACGGACCCAAACGCAAAAAACUUCGAUCCCACGGCCAGAAGCGACAAUGGCAGUUGCGAAUAUCAGUUCUAAAGCUCAUUUUACAACUUUAUAUCUUGGUGGCCAUGAGGAUCAUGAGGGAGAAAUAAGUACGUGCUGUUGUAUUUAUCUUGUGGAGGUUAUUUAUGUAUACUUUGUCCAAUAUUAGACUCCUUUUUUUUUGUGAAAUGUUUUGCCAUAUUUGAGUGCAGUGUCUGGUUCCAAAAGUGUACAUGGCCAUAUAGUUCUAAAAUUUCCAUGUUGCAUUCAAGAUUGAAGAAUGGGGUGACAUCUUCUGACAUUAGUAAAGUGGACAACUUUGCACAACUAUAACUCAGAAGUGAGUCACUUGGAAUGAGCUUUUCCGAUGAAAUUAUUAUCUUUGUCAGAAGAGAUUACAACUUA